GGUUGUGCUUAGGGGCCGAGGAUCAGGCGUCACUGAAUAAGCCUCCAGGGAUCGUGGCACAGGUUGCUUGGCACUCGUGGUACCAGGGAGACCCGUCAGGACUCUAUCCACAUGUUAUCUCUCACUCCCUCUGCCAUAAGCGACGAGUUUGACAUUUGCGGAUCAGCUGUGUGUUUCCCCCUCCCAUGCGCCUCCCUCCGCUGCUUUGAAUGAAGGAAGGCAAGAAAAAACCACAAUAAUAGGCUGCCUGUGCGCGGGGCUGGACUCUAUCCAGAUCUAAGUGAAUCUGCUGGAGGGACUAGCACGGGGGAAGCGAGCAGGAACUUUCUGCAGAAAUCGCAGUGACUUUGCACAGGCGCUACUUGCACCGAGGAGCUCGGCAGGCUGCGGGGAAGGCGCAAAGUACAGGCCUGCAGGAGGGAAGUCCUGAAUGUGCACACUAGGAGGCAACCAAAUUUGUGUUUAAUCGGUAAAUCCCUCCCGUGUAAGAAACAUACAAGAAUUGGAUCAGGUUUUGCUGGGAGUUUGCUGAAGCUCAGCCAGACAUGGUAGGUCACCUGCAUUUGCAAGAAAUGGAAGACAGCUUGAAGGAGAAGAGCAGGGAAGGGUUGUUGGACAGUCCAGAUUCUGGUCUUCCACCGAGCCCCAGUCCUCCUUUCUACUCGAUCUCACCCGGCAUUGCUGAUGGUAGAGCUGAGUGCAGCAGCACACCAACAUACCAACCAGGCUAUGGCUACAGGAAGGACGUCAAGGAGGGCAAAGUGAUCCCAUACCUUCUCCUGAACAAUUCCCCCCAAGAGACAAGACCAAGAAUGCAACCCGUUGUAUUUGGAGAAAGCAUUGAAGUCAAUCCAGAGCCUGUACAAGAAAUCAGGUGCAACUCAGAGAUCAAAUAUGAUUCAGAGAAGCAUUACCGUGACCAUGUCUUCUACGUACCAACUCCGACCGUCACCUCUUACAGCGAAACCAUUAUUUCCACCCCCAACUGCACAUGGAGGAAUUACAAAUCCCAGCUGGUUUUUGAACCACGCAACAAGCCUUUAAGGUUCCAAAGCACAACCAUUAUCUUUCCGAAACACACCAAAAACAUUUACAGAACAACACUCAACUACAACUGUGGUGGAAGCAAGAAAUGGUUUGCAUCCAGUGUGCAACUUGAACUCUGCGAGGAGACCAGCCCCUGUAUCAUAUACACAGAGAAUCUUUAAAUCUGCUUUAACUGUUAUGAAUAUUCUGUCCUAUAACUAUGCACUUGGCUUCAUAAAAAGAGAGCGUUGUAGUAACCCUCUGGUACUAACUGUAUUAAAGCCAUCAUUGCUAACACAUGAUGUAUGGGAGUAAAGCUGCACAAAAGACUCACGCAACGUUCAAAUGUCUUCUUUAAGACUGCUUUCUUAGAUCUCUAUCUUAUGUAUCGGAAGAAAGAAUUUUGCAAGUUUCAUGGUGAUGGUGUCUUGGUUGUAAAUUUCUAUGUUAAAAGACAUUUUUCUUGCAAAAAAAAAAAAAGGAGUUGACAGUUUCAUGUGGAAGACUGGCAUAGACUUGCCAAGUGCCUAAGCCAAGGGAGAGGCAGCACCAGCUUAGAAUCUGAGAAAUACCAGUGUUUUGUAUUUUCAAAAAGCAUUGAAAUGUUCAGAAGAGUGGCAGGCCGGGUGGUCAAGCUCUUAUAGAGAGAGAUCAGUGCAAUGGGUGGUUCUGGUGCUCUAGCUACCAGGAAUGAGUCAGAUACAGUCGGAAAUUCAGUAUGUAAAGCAAGGAAACGCAAGACCUAAAUCAUUUGAAUUGAAAUUUCCACUCUCCCUCAGCUGCCAGCUGUGGAAUUUACUUCACUUUACUAUUGCUGAUUUAAAAUGCUUCAAUUCUAAAUAUCAAUCUGAAACAGUUAGAGCAUUGGGUGUGCACUUUGACUGCUUUACCACACUGCCACUUCACAACAAAUGUGUUAUGGCUAAAGGGAAAUAAUUCAUUCAUAAGUUGGUUUUUCAUUUCUCUAAUUUCUAGUCAGUGUUCAGUAACACUACAUAGACACAUUGUGGACAGACAUAGAGACUUUCUAUACAUAUUUUUAUAACAUUGGUGGCAGCCAUACUGCUUCCUCAUGCAAGAUAGAAAUUCCCAGAUACUGAAUGCUUGCUACUCUUUUCCAGGCAAUACCUUCUCACAGAUGUCAUUACGAUGUCCCUUUAAAACAAGGAGCGUUGCUUGAUAAAACUGGCAACUACAAAGGGCACUUUCAGUGUAUACAGAAUCACUACCCUUCUGUACAGUCACCUGCCUUGUAGAACAUUGUUAAAGUGCAGUUAUUUUCUGCAUCUGGGUUUAUGUUAAUCCCUGGGUUUAUGUUAAUUCCACCCUACUCACCUGUGGCAUGGAGCAUGCACAAUACUCCUUGCCAAGAAAGUUGCAGGGUUUUCACUAAUAUGUGUGAGUAAAAUUGACAGCCUGAAUUAAUUUGGUCUGCUCUGCUUAUGAACAGUGAUGGGAUGGGGCUAGCAAGCCAGGCAUGCACAUACUAAACACUUGCGAUAACAAUAAUGAGCACAUAUAGUGAGUCCUUGAGAAUAAUGCAGGCACCAUGGGGAGGAGCAGAAGCCUAGACUAUAUGUAUAAUGAGUGAGUUCCAUUAAUGUCAUCAUAAUCAUGUCCAUCAUAAUGAUACAUAAUAUUCAACAAUUUUAUUGAAUUAAAAAAAAGGAAAUACAACUGCCAUUGUCCCUAAUGGGGGUCAUUUCCUAAUACAGGGGAAAAUAUAUAAUAAAUGUCAAACCUGAAGGCUCUUGAGGGAACCCAGGAUCUAUACAUCAACAAGUUGGAAAAACCAUGCGCUGGGCAAAAUUAUGCAAAAAUAUUCACAAAAACUGGAUGGUCUGCUAGCAAAUGAAAUGAAAUUGUAAUUGAGCAGGUUUGGUUUUUUUAGUUUGAAUAUCAUACCAAAAUUAUAAUGUUCUUGUUGGGUUUCAGAAGAUGGUAAUUAUUUUGCAGAGAUACUGGGGCUCAUUUAUUAACGCAGCACAGCGCUAAAAAGAGCGCAGUGGCCUGACAUUUGCCCAGCGCAUGCGAAUAUUUAAUAAUGUAGCGCACGAUACCUUAACAG